AUGACCAUCUCCAACAAGGAAAAGCCCGUCUUUGUCCUGGUGCCUGGCGCCUCUCAAAACCCAGCCCAUUACGCUCACCUCCUCCACCUCCUGCAGUCUGCCGGGUAUGGGGCUACCACCGGUCUGCUCCCCAGUAUCGGUGCCCAGGGCGAGGUGACUGCGGCCGAUGAUGCCGACUACGUCCGCAACCGCCUGAUCCUCCCUGUUCUCGAUAUCGGCAACCGAGACGUGAUCCUGAUCAGCCAUUCCUACAGUGGAAUGCCCGCUAGCGCGGCUGCACGCGGGCUGGGUCCUGCCGACCGCGCCGCCGAAGGCAAGACGACCUCCGUCGUCGGCCAGAUCUUCAUCGCGACUAUCCUGCCCCGUGGUGGACUAAGUGUCAUCGAUUCCUUUGGUGGACAUCUGCCCCCUCACAUGUACAUCGAUUCAGGGACUGAUCUCGUUCUCGAGUCCCUGCCCCGAAGCGAGCUGGGACACCGAGGCCUUCCGCGACCGGGUCGCCUACAUUCACACCCUCAAGGACCACGCCGUUCCGUACGAGGCCCAGGUCGCCAUGGUCCAGGCCACCGGGGUGAAGUGGAUCACCCGCGAGGUCACGGCUGGUCACAGUGUACAAUUAUCGGCCCCGGAGGAGCUGACUAA